UCCGUGGCGGCGAGGCGAGGCAGAUGCUGUUCUCUCUCCAUAGGGCUGAAUUCCAUGAUGUUGAGAGGAGUCACUCAUGGUGCAAAAAAUACAUUUACUCUUCUGUUGACAAGAUCUCAGUACUGUAACCCAGGAUUGAAUUUUUCAUCAGUAUGGACUGAAGUAGCAAACAGAAGCUUCCCAAUACAUUCCAGUUACACAACUGAUACAAAAUCAAGAGAGGAAAAUAAAAACACCAUUGAUAGUCUCUACAGAUUGUCAGUUGACAUUCAGAAAAUACGCAGACUAAAGGAAUGGGUUCUUCUCCAGGAUGUGGCCUACGUUCAAGAAAUUGCUGGUAUCUUACAAGAAAUGGGAGCAGAUGAGAUCGCUGUAGCCAACAUUUUAGAACGUUGCCCAGAGGCCAUUCUCCAUACCCCUGCAGAGAUAAACUCUCAGAGAGCUCUAUGGCAAUUAGUAUGCCAGAAUGAAAAACAGUUGAUUAAAUUAAUAGAGCAAUUUCCAGAGUCUUUUUUUACUACUGAAUAUCAUGAGAACCAGAAGGCGAAUAUACUGUUUUUUCAAGAGUUGGGACUUAAGAAUAAUAUAAUCACCAGGUUCUUGACAGGCGCUCCCAGUAUUUUCUACAAUACUGUUGAGAAAAACAAAAACGUGAUAGAGACAUUACAAAGAAAUUAUUUAAGUUUAGGAGGUUCUGAUGCAAAUAUGAAGAUCUGGAUACUGAAGCUAUUGAGCCAAAAUCCAUUUAUUUUAUUAAAUACCUCCACCACAAUCCAGGAGAACUUGGAAUUUCUCCAGAAGAAUGGUUUCACUGACCAUGAAGUUCUACAGCUGCUGUCUAAACUUAAAGGUUUUAUUUUUCAACUUACUCCUACUACUAUGCAGAAGAGUAUGCUUUUUUCCAAGAAUGUCUUUAAGUGCAGUGAUCAAGAAUUGAAACAGCUAGUGCUGAAAUGCCCAGCCCUUCUUUACUAUUCUGUUCCAGUUUUGGAAGAAAGACUUGAAGGACUACUGAAGGAAGGAAUUUCUGUAGCGCAGAUUAUAAAGACACCGAUGGUGCUGGAGUUGACAACGCAAAUUGUUCAGUACCGAAUUAAAAAACUCUCUGCUUUGGGAUAUGAUAUAAAGAGUGGAACGCUAGAAAGCUUGAAUGGUACUAAGAAAGAUUUUGAAGUCAAUUAUGGUAAGAUACAAUCAAAGAAGGAGAGACCAAUUUUUAAUCCUGUUGCUCCUAUAAGCAUUGAAGAUUAAUUUGAAUGCUGUCUUUUCAAUUAUGCAAAAGGAAGUUAUCAAAGAGAAAAGAGAUGUUGGUUCUUUGAGAAGAGCCAAAACAAAAGUAAUCUUAACCAGUUUGUAGUUUUACACUGUACUUUGUCCUGGAGUGGGUCUUAGGCAUAACUUCAUUGAACAGUUGUAGCUUUCUAAUGCUUUCAAAUAAUACCAUAGAACUUGGUUAUGGUAAAGGUUGCCUUUUUUUCCCAGGGAGUACCUCACACAUUUUUUUGGUUCUGUUACCUUUCCUUACCUAACAGGGCACUAACUGCUUUGGAUUUUCAGCUCCGUCACUGCACAGUCCACCCUGUGGUAGUGAUUAGUGCAAUCUUUAUUUGAGAAAGAGAAAAGGAGGGUUAUUCUUCCAGCAGUGUUCAUCAAUCCCCUGGUUCAGACUUUUGGAGACUCUUUUAGAGUUCCAUUCCUUAUUGCUACAGAAAGUAGCUCUAGCUCCCAGGUCCUGACCUUCAGCAGACUUGACUUCUUGUAUAGGAGAGCCUAGCUAGAGCACAGUCUGAGAACAGGGGCAGGACAUAUUUUUAUUUAGUGACUGCUACAAUGAGGCCCUAGGACAUUUGUGUACAAACCAUAAUGCAAAGAAACUACAAGACAACCUCCUUUACAUUUCUGAGACUUCAGAAUUUACUCCUUUUGCAAAAUCUUUGGGGCAGGAGGAAAUACAUUUGUUGCUACUGUCUAGUUUUCAAUUUCUUCUUUUCUAGCAAGGCUCAGGGAGAGAAAAGGUUAGGGAGAAACUCAAGUGAGUCUCAAAUGAUUGUAGGAGAAAGGAAAAAGUCAUGCUUUUAUAUUAGGUGUAACAAAACUCUGUCUGUAAACCACUGGUGAUUAAAAAUGACUUCCAGGUUUGCUAACAGCUGCCACAGCUUCUAAAUAUAUGGGUGACACUGCUUCUCAGAUAUCACCAUAUGGUAAUUGUUGACAAGUGCUGGCUUUCAAAAUAGUUACUAUCUGACAGUGCUGAAGUUCUGAGGGGAUUUUACUUAUUUUCAUUUAUGGGCUGUGAAUGGUAAUAUAAAAUAGUAGCAUCAUUGACUAUCACCUCAAUAGAAUUAGGAUCAUCGGUGGUUUUAUUUCUCAGACAGACUUUCCUAAGCAACUAUUCCAUACACAUUCCCUUUUGACAGCAGGAGAAAAAACAGUUGCACACCCCCUCCACACACACAGUCUAGGCCAUUCUUCAAGGUAAUUUUUAACAGACAAUUUGGCAGCAAGUCCAGGGUUCCUUUUCUUAAAGGGAAGUUUAAAAUUGCUGAGGAAAGCUGGUAUUGAAUUACUUGUUUAGAGGGUGGGCUGCAAGGUGAUGAUUUUAUACAGCCUGCCACAUGAUCUGCUGUGAGCUUGGAAAGGGCUAGAAACAUCUGGUUAGAGCAGUGCCAAGGUCUCAACAGCUGAAGGUCUUAAACUCACUGCCAUGCAGGUGAGUGCGGAUGUGACAGCAGCUUGUGGGGGUAAACACCGCUCUUGUAGGAGUAUGUGUGACAGUAGUGAGAAUUCAAGAAGGGGCACUUAUCACCAGCACAAUGAGGCUGUGUUACUAAGCCAUGUCUUUGCUGACUCUUCAAAACACAUUAUCAUUUCUGAAGAGGAAACUGGGAAGAAAACCAUAUUAAAAAUUCACAGGAACUUGCCUUUGUCACUUUUUGACUGUCCUUCAGUGCUCAGCUAUUAAGCGGACCACAGUAUUAUUUGAAUUCAAAAGCAUCCUUCCCCUCAGACACAAGGGGGCAUUUCAGCUCUCUGAAGCUAUUCAUAAUGCAAUCUCUAAUGCUGAACCACAGAACUCAUUGGUGGUUUAGGAUGAAAAGGAAACCAAGAUGCAGAACAGUGUUUUCCCUGAAAAUUUAG